AUGCCAGUCGCUGUGGGAACACCUUCGCACCCCAAGAGGGGCACUCGUCCCGUUCGGAUCGCGAACUGCUCCGGGGGUCAAAUGGAUCCUGGAUGGCAGAUGAAGAAGCAAGCGUCUCUGGGGCCCGUAGACGUCCUCACGGGCGACUGGCUCGCCGAAAACAACCUGGCGCAAGAAGCGAUCAAGAUUGAGAAUGGUACCGGGGAAGGCUUCAAGGACAAUGCCUGGGAUGCCCUGCAGCAGAGUAUGGGAAUAAUUGUAGAGAAACGCCUCAAAGUCGUCAUCAACGGUGGAGGGCUCAAGCCUCAAACGCUGGCUGAGCGCUGCCAAGAGCUGGUCGAUAAGAACAACUACCCCCUCACCGUUGCAUAUGUCUACGGAGACAACAUGGCGGCCCAGUCAGAGAACGUACUUGCAUGCAACGCCUACCUCGGAGCCCGGGGCAUCGUCAAAGCACUCGAGAACGGCGCAGACAUCGUCAUCUGGGGUCGCGUCGCUGAUGCGUCUCCGGUCGUCGGAGCUGCUUGGUGGUGGUACGGCUGGAAGGACACCGAGUAUGAUCAGCUGGCUGGCGCAUUCGUCACUGGACAUCUCGUCGAAUGCUGUGCUUACGUCUCGGGCUCGAACUUUUCUGGCUUCACCCGUUUCCCUAUGGAAACAUUUAUUGACUCCGGCUUUCCCAUUGCAGAGAUCCACGCCGACGGCUCUAGUGUCAUUACCAAGCACGAAGGCACGAACGGCAUGGUCACAGUAGACACUGUGAAGAGCCAGUUGAUCUACGAGAUUCAGGGAAACAUCUACCUCAACUCGGAUGUGUCCGCAGUCCUCGACGGUAUCGUCAUAAAACAAGAGGGCAAGGAUCGAGUCCGUGUUACUGGAGCUAAAGGUCGCCCGCCACCCCCUACAACCAAGUUGGCCAUCUACUACAGGGGAGGAUACGAAUCUCAGCACUUGGGAAAUGCUGCCGGCUAUGCCACGAAGCAGAAGUAUGCUCUUUAUGAGAAGCAAUUGAGGGCCCGCCUUGCAGAGCAAGGUUUGAUCGACCAUGUCGGCACGGCAAAGAAGAACCCGCACACCCAGUUCGAGGCCACGACUUACUUCCGCACUUUUGCGCAGGCCGCGACUCCGGAACCCAUACUGAAGCUCAAGAUGUUGAUUUCAGACGAGACGUUACAGCAUUUCUCCGGUUUCCAUUGGGCUGAGGAUCAAAGGACAUCUGAUCCGAGGACGUUCUACGUCUACUAUCCUUGCGUCAUCGCCCAAGACGACAUCGAAGAAGGCGCCAACAUACUCGGUACGGGUGGCAAGAUCGUGAGCACUCACCCAUCCACACGACCCCCCGAGCCCAACAUCAACUGCGGCAUAUUCGUGGAGCGCCCAGAGAUGUGGGAAUGGUUCAGGAGUUUCAUGACCAUGGACCGCAUGAAACAAUUGAUUGGCGGGGAUUGGAAGGACGAGUAUCGCAUUGAACGCGUUGAGUUCCCUGCCAUUUAUGCCGUUCACUUCGUCAUGUACGGCAUGCUUGGCCGAGGAGUUAGCAGCUCCAGCUUGCUGGACAAUAGAGGCAAGGGCUUCACUGAUUAUAUCCGUGCCAAGCACAUCGAAGUUCCGGAGCAAUUCCUGCAGUGGGCAUACACAGGAGAUGAGUAA